AUGGGAUAUCCAGACACUUUCAGCGGCUUCUGCGUCGACGGGCCGAAAUCGUGGAACAAGUUCCACAAGUCGGAACUAAAGCCCAAGCCGUUUGGCGACCACGACAUUGACGUCCAGAUUGACGCCUGCAGCAUCUGCAGCUCCGACCUGCACACAAUCACCGGCGGAUGGGGCGAGUACGAGGGCCCGCUGUGCGUCGGCCACGAAGUCGUCGGCAAGGCCGUCAAUGUCGGCAAGCACGUCCAGCGCAUCAAGGUCGGCGACCGCGUCGGCGUCGGCGCCCAAGUGUGGUCCUGCCUAGAGUGCGACCUCUGCAAGGACAAGAAUGAAAACUACUGCCCGAAAAUGGUUGACACGUACAAUGCGCAGUACGAGGACGGGAGCUGGGCCCACGGCGGCUUCGCGUCGCACAUUAGAGCGCACGACUACUUUACGUUUAAGAUACCGGACAAGCUCGAGACCAACACGGCAGCGCCGCUGCUGUGCGCGGGCAUCACCACCUUUUCACCCAUGUACCGCGCGGGCAUACUCGACUCGUCAAAGACGGUCGGCGUGGUGGGCUGCGGCGGGCUGGGCCACAUCGCCAUCCAGCUGGCCAGCCACAUGGUCGGUCCCCAGGGCAGAGUCGUCGCCAUCACGCACUCGUCGGGCAAGGUCGACGACUGCAAGAAGCUCGGCGCGACCGACGUCAUCCUGACGGCGCAAAAGGGUUGGAACGAGCCCUGGAAGGCCAAGUUUGACUUUGUGCUCAACUGCGCAGACGCCACCGACAACUUUGACAUGGCCGCGUACCUGUCCAUUGUCAAGCCGACGGGCGAUUUCCACAUGGUGGGCAUCCCCGACGGCCCGCUGCCGCAAAUGUCGGCCGGGCUCUUUGCCGGCGGCGCACCCAAGCUGACUGGCAGCCAUCUCGGGAACCACCAGGAAAUGGACAUGAUGCUCCAGUUUGCGGCGGACAAGGGGAUCAAGCCGUGGGUCGAGGUCAUGCCCAUCUCGGACAAGUCGCUCGGCGAGGCGUUUGAGCUGCAAAAGGCCAACAAGUUUCGCUAUCGCUGCACGCUGGCGCAGUUUGACAAGGCCUUUGGAGAGGAGCGCGGUCAGUGA